AUGGCCCUUGAAUGUGGCAUGUGGCAUUGGCAUGUAGAAGCUGACUUGCGGUUCGGUCAUGCCAGAGAUGCUCAACGAAUGAAGUUCCGAGGGCGUCUGUGCCGCGAAUGUGGCAGUUCGGACUCAGUGCCCGCAAUGCAGUGGGCUUUGCCACCUGCCGCGUUCUGCCGCGUUCUGUGUUACAUCGCACAGGUGUUGCACUACGCAGCAGGCCUGCUGCAUCAGUUGCUGGUGAUGCCUUGCAUAGUGAUUUUCCGGUCAGGAAAUGGCCGGGCAGACAUCGUGUCCUUGGCCAUUGAGCAGGUGAUUUCGCUGCUGUCUUCUCAAGAUGAAAAGGGCACCGCGCUACAUGAGGCCUGCCGCAACGGCCAUGUGGACGUGGUGAGACUACUGCUGCUGCGUGGGGCUCCUCCAGAUGUUCAUGAUGCCAACGGCAAAGCACCAUUUCAGGUGGCAUUGGCAGAGUGCCCUGCUGCAAAGUUUGAUCAGCUCCGGGCGGCCUUCGAAGCCGAACUCUUCAAACGCUGUGCCACUGGAGACACAGCAGGUGCAGAGUCGCUGGCCAGGGGUGGUUUAGAUCUGAAAGAGGCUACGCAGGCUGGCUACAGUCCUUGGGCUUGGGCUAGUCUCUUUGAUGCGACAGCCACUGCAGAGCGAAUGGAGGCCAUUGCAAAUGGGCAGGUGGACCUCAAUGGUACGGCAUGUGAGGAGGGGGAGCCCUCUGACGAACCGGAAGAGGAGCUUCAGGAUUCAGUGUGCGAAAUCGGCGAGAUCUCUGCACCGGACCUGUUGCUUUGGCCACCUGUGACCGCAUUCUCUUUGAACGCAGACGUGUUUCUCAGUUUGGGCGAAUCCUUGCAGGUUGAGGUGCGCAUCCCGCCAUUGGAUAUGCCAGCUGCAUCUAUGCUCUUCGAAAAGCUCCAGCAUUGCUUGCAGGCAGUGGCACCAGUUGGAGAAUUCCUACCAAAAGCUCCUGUGCUGGUGCCUGUGCUACAGUCACCCUGCGAUUGUUCGGAGGCUGCAGAAACGACCCACUCCACAGUGGAUUUGUGGUUGGAUGCUUCUAUGAAUGGCUUCCAGGUGAAGCUUGCUGGUGACGUCCCAGGUAGGGUACAACUGAUGGGCGGCUCUCUAUGGGCGCUGUCUCAAGCAGUGGAACAGUUGCGGCAACUUCUGCUGCUCCACCGACGUCCCAGCCUGGACUCUGCGCGGCUGCCUGCGCUGUGCCUCCGGGGCCCUGAGCGCCAAAGCUCUGUGCUUAUGGACCUUUGGAGUUUAAGCUGUGACGAACAAUCCAAUGCUCUUCAGCAACUGGCACGCUGGCAAAUCAGGCGAUUCUGGGUCCCCGUGCCGGUGAGCUUUGGGCAUAGCUGGUUGCAGGAUGUGUUCGAAGCACGCAGGACCUGCACGAAGAUUGGUGCUGAACUCGUCCCUGUGAUUCGACCCGAGCAGGAGAAUCUGGUGACAGCUCUGGCACAGUUUCAAGGCUGCCGCACAGUGGGACUGCAGCUGCCUUCCUUGAACUCUAGGUCAGCGGAACAGUGCAGCACGGUAUGGCCGAUUUUGCGAAGUGCUGGCCUGGAAGUACGACUGAUGGCCAUGUUGAGCCUGGAGGAUCUGAGUCGGAGCAAGGCAUUGCAGCAAGUGAACCAGCUCUGCAAGGACUUGAAUGGAAGACAUGGACCAGCUGCCAGAACUGGGCUUCUGCUGGAGUGCAGCAUCGAGAACUCAAAGGCAUGGGACAUUGAGGAGGAGGCCGUAAAGAUCGGCUUUGCCCACGGAAUCUCGGUUGGCAUUGUCAUUCGCUCGGUUGGAAAUUUGCUUCCAGCACAUGUUUGGCAUGCUCCGAGUUCAAGGGCGUCCAUCAGAGCCACAGCUUUGUGGCAGAGAAUACGGUCCAUUUCGCAGGUUUGUGGCUUGACCGGCUGCAGUGGUUUCAGCACCGUCAUGGAAGUCCCGGUGUUCGGUGCUCCCUGGGCAGGAUGCGGCACUGCAUGGCGGCCAUCUUGGUGUCUGCUGAGUGGCUUCUUUGCAGCAGGCCUUGCAGCUCCGGAGGCUCAAGUGGAUACGCCCAGGUUGUUGCAGCUUCUCCCAGGACAAUUCUUUGGAGAUGCCUCAGCAUCUGACCUGGCGCAGGAGCUGUGGAAUGCAGAGUCUACACUGAACGAAGACUUCUUAAGGAGCUUGCUGGCUUUGCUCUCCGGUGAGCUGCCACGAUUGGAUGCUGAAGGAAUCAGCAAUGCCAACGCAUGGUACGCCUAUCUUUCGGACCGGCGGCAACGACUUCGAAGCUUUCUGGAAGGCCAUCCGUCCAAGGCAGAGUUUCAGGAUGUGCUUCCUGGCUCUGCUCUGCUGCUGGCUUCAGCGUUGGUUGGGAUUGAGUGGCUACGCUUUGCUUGUCGCGUGUUUUUGCUGCUCGCCAAACAUGCGAGCAGUAAAACCGGGUCCGAGAAACUACGCUCAGCGCUGCAGGCUUUACCUCCUGCCAAACAGAGUGACGUGCGCAAUGGUUUUUUGGCCUUGCUACAUCGGACUAUCCAUGGACUGGUAGAUUUGCCAGAGAACGGUUGGUGGGAGGAGGGGGACGAGGAUGCGGAUUCCACAACGCAGGUGAGAUAA